AUGGCGCUCAGGCCGGGACCCGCGUAUAAGUUCCCGUGGGAGGACAUGGGGAGCUUCAAGUACCUCCUGUUCGUCCCGUUCGUGGCGACCGCCGCGCUCGGCUUGGACGACGCCGACAACUGGGCGUACCACAUGCUCGUGAUCGCCGCCAUCCGCUACGUCCACGCGCAGUUUUGGAUAUCGCUCUCGCGGAUACACGCCGUGACGCAGCACACGAAGAUUCAGGCGAAGGGGAUCGACUACAAGCAGGUCGAUCGGGAGGAUCACUGGGACGACUACAUCAUCCUGCAGGCCAUCAUCAUGACCCUGGUGCACAAGAUGCCGUACCUGGGCUACAACAACUUCCCACAGUACAACGCCAUGGGGAUGUGGCAGCUUCUUUUGCUGCACGCGGGGCCCACCGAGUUCAUCUACUACUGGCUGCACAGGGCGCUCCACCACCACACGCUCUACAGUUGGUACCACUCGCACCACCACGCGUCUUUCGUCACCGAGCCCAUCACCGGCUCCGUGCAUCCCUUCAUGGAGCACAUCAUGUACACCGCCAACUUCGCCAUCCCCCUCGUCGGGACGUGGGCCUUUGGCGGCGCGUCCAUCGCGAUGUUCUACGCGUACCUCAUCGGCUUCGACCUGCUGAACAACAUCGGGCACUGCAACUUCGAGUUCAUGCCCCAGUGGUUCAUGAACAUCCCGGGCGUGAAGUAUCUCAUCUACACCCCGACCUACCACUCCCUGCACCACUCCAAGGUGCACGUGAACUUCUGCCUCUUCAUGCCGAUAUACGACUACGCGUACGGGACAAACGACCCAUCCAGCGACGAGCUGUACCGCAAGGCUAUCAACGGCGAGGCUGCGCCGAACAAGGCGCCGGACGUGGUGUUCGUGGCGCACGGCACGGAGCUGCUCUCGCUUUUCCACCUGCCGUUCGCGCUUCGAUCGUUCAGCUCUAAGCCGUUCAAGAGCGUGUGGUGGCUGCAGCCCUUUCUGCCGCUCUGCAUCCCGUUUGUCGCGCUGCUGCGAAUCUUCGGCAAGCCGUUCACCGCGGACAGGCACAGGCUCCUGCACCUGAACACGGCGACGUGGGUCACCCCGGCUUGGGGAUUCCAGUUCUUCAUCAAGUCCGAGUUCAACCACAUCAACCGGCAGAUCGAGCGGGCCAUACUGGAGGCGGACGCGACGGGUACCAAGGUCAUCGGCCUCGGCGCGCUGAACAAAAACGAAGCCCUGAACGGCGGCGGUCAGCUGUUCGUGGACAAGCACCCCAACCUGAGGGUACGGGUGGUGCACGGGAACACGCUCACCGCGGCGGCCAUCUUGAAGAAGAUCCCGGCGGACGUCAAGGAGAUCUUCCUGACGGGCUCCACGUCGAAGCUCGGCCGCGCCAUCGCGCUGUACCUCAGCGCCCGGGGCGUGCGGGUCGUGAUGUACACGACGGCGAAAGAUCGGUUCGAGAAGAUCAAGGCGGAGGCGCGAGAGGAGCACCGCGAGUUGCUGGUGCAGGCGACGACGCUCGAGGAAGGUUCGGGGAUCAAGGACUGGGUGGUGGGCAAGUUCUGCAGCGCGCGGGAUCAGGCGAAAGCGCCGAAGCACGCCACGUUCCACCAGUUUGUCGUCCCGCCCCUGGAGGAGUCGCGGCGGGAUUGCGCGUACACCGACCUCCCCGCGUUCAAGCUCCCCAAGGAGGCGAAGGACUUCCGGUCGUGCGAGAUGACCAUGGAGCGGGGACACGUGCACGCCUGCCACGCGGGUGCGCUCGUCCACGCCCUCGAGGGGUGGACGUACAACGAGGUGGGGGCGAUCGAUCACACGAAGAUCGACGUCACGUGGGACGCGGCGGUGAAGCACGGGUUUGCGCUCGCGUGA